AUGUUGGAACUGAAUUCAGAACGUGCUAAAGUGCUCGUGGAUGAGAUUCUUCACAGCAUCUUCUUUUUGGGAAAGAUAAAUGAUCCACAGCAUCCCCCAGAAAGUAUUGUGACUGAUGCUGAAAUGCUUGAAAACUUAAAGAGCACCUACCCUCUGCCUUUUAAAUACUAUUCCUCUCAACUGCCCAAGCGGAGUCCAUUCUCAUGUGUGCUAGACAUGAUUGUCCUCCUGACUGGACAACAGAAUGAAGAGGAAAUAAAGAAGAAGGUGCAAGAGAUCACCAAACAACUGAGGAGGGGUAGAACAAGGCCUCUUAUCUCCUCCACCAUCUGUGUCUCUCAGAUCCCAAAUUCAGACAGGUACUAUGGUGUCUCCAUGUCCACUGCUGGGCGUAUUCCUGGUAGAAUCAUGGUUGCUGCGUCCUGUCUUAGCUCCUGGGACAGUUACGUGGCUGGUGCAGUGAUGACCUACUACCCAAAUAAUGCCAAGAAACGAUAUUUUGAUGGGACCAUCAAACUGCCAGAGAAUAUCCCAAAUUCAGUCAGGUACUAUGGCAUCUCCAUGUCCACUGCUGGGUGUGAUUCUGGUAGAAUCAUGGUUGCUGCGCCCUGUCUUAGCUCCUGGGACAGUUAUGUGGCUGGUGCAGUGAUGACCUUCGACUCAAAUAAGGCCAAGAAACGAUGUUUUGAUGGGACCAUCAAACUGCCAGAGAAUCAGGUCAUCACAACGAGCUGGUCACACGGGCACGAGAUCCCCUACUACCCCUACAACCUGCAUACUUACUUUCUCAGGAAGAGACGCCCUCCUCCUCCUCUCCCUCCGCCCGAUGACGAUGAUGAUGAUGAUGAUGAUGAAGAGGUCAUGGUGGCGCUCUACGACUUCAAGGGCACGGAGCCGCACGACCUGAGUCUGGUCAAAGGAGAAGAGUACGUCAUCCUGGAUAAGUGUGACGUCAACUGGUACAAAGCUCGCAACAAGUAUAACGAGGAAGGCUACAUCCCAAGUAACUAUGUAACCGAGAAGAAAUCCGGAAACGUGCAGCAGUUUGUUUGGUACAGUAAACAAGUGAACAGGAACAAAGCAGAGGAGCUGCUGAGGAAAGAGAACAAAGAAGGCGCCUUCAUUGUCAGAGACUCCAGCACUCCAGGAACCUACACCGUCUCCCUCUAUGCCAAGUCUGCUGCCGGGGAUGGAAGCCCAGCUAUAAAACAUUACCACAUCAAGGUGAACCAAGGGACGCCUCAACAGUUUUACCUCGCCGAGAAACACUUGUUCAGCUCUAUCCCCGACCUGAUCGAGUACCACAAACACAACGCAGCAGGUCUUGUUGCCAGGUUGAGGUAUCCUGUAGGGAAACAGGAAAAGUCUGCUCCGUCCACCGCCGGCUUCAGCUACGAGAAGUGGGAGAUCGACCCCAGCGAGCUGACGUUCAUGAAGGAGCUGGGCAGCGGCCAGUUCGGUCUGGUGAGGCUCGGCAAGUGGAGGGCUCAGCACCGGGUGGCCAUCAAGGCCAUCAGAGAGGGAGCCAUGUACGAGGAGGACUUCAUCGAGGAGGCUAAAGUCAUGAUGAGACUGUCUCACCCUAAACUGGUGCAGCUGUACGGAGUGUGCAGCCAGCAGAAGCCCAUUUACAUCGUCACAGAGUUCAUGGAGCAAGGCUGCCUGCUGAACUUCCUCCGGCAGCGCCGGUGCAGCUUCAGCCUGGGGUCCUUGCUGAGUAUCUGCCUGGACGUCAGCGAGGGCAUGGAGCACCUGGAGGCCAACGGCUUCAUCCACAGAGAUCUGGCUGCCAGAAACUGUCUGGUGAACGACAAUCUGGUGGUGAAGGUGUCUGACUUUGGCAUGGCCAGAUACGUGUUAGACGACCAGUACACCAGCUCGUCCGGAGCAAAGUUUCCAGUGAAGUGGUCGCCUCCUGAAGUCUUCAACUUCUGCAGAUACAGCAGCAAGUCGGACGUCUGGUCCUUUGGUGUGUUGAUGUGGGAAGUUUUCACCGAGGGCCGCAUGCCUUUCGAACAGAGUCAGAACCACGAGGUGGUAACCUUGGUUACCAAGGGUCACCGCCUCUACAGGCCCAAAAUGGCCACGCCCGCCAUCUAUGACAUCAUGCAGAUCAGUUGGCAUGAGAGACCGGAGGAGCGUCCGUCGUUCGCUCAACUCUGCCUGAUGAUCUCCGACUGUCUCGAGAGUGACACCCCUCCCCCGAACUGAUCACCAGACCAAUCGGCUGCUUCGGCCACGUUGGCGCCUAUUACUCCUGCUCCGUGGAAACCUGCCAAUCCUUUUGCGGUGUUUGACAAGUUUCUGUCUUAACGUACACAGCGCAACAACAUGGAGAACGUGGUGCGAUGGUUCUUACAGCGUCUGGAACUGACCAGUCAGAUGGAGAGGAUGGAACCAAUCGCACCAGCUGGAGUCCCGCUCAUCCACCAAUCACGUUUUGUUUAUCCAAUCAAGUCACCGGUAUCCGCUCACAACCCCACUUCACAAACUGCUGCUCAUGUUGGAUUGUGUUUUUGGACAACUGUUCCUGUUUUUGAUGACGAGUCCGACACCAACAUUGAUGGACAGCGAUGUAGAAAACACAGAACAGGCUCUUGUUAAAAGGAACUAUCAGCUCAUUAAUCUUCAAACAAAUUUCCGUGGGUUUUGCCUCUUAAGUCGGACAUUAGGCUAAUGGCGCUUACCCACUGAAUUUGAAACAGCACAUUGUAAUUUCUGCAUCUAUUAUCAAAGUAUUUAUUAG